AUGUUUGAUUUGAUAACUAACUUUCAACCUCGCGGCGAUCAACCACAAGCUAUUGCUAAAAUAGUUAAGAACAUUGAGGAAAACAAAAAAGAACAAGUUCUUUUGGGAGCGACGGGUACAGGGAAAACUUUCACCAUGGCUAAUAUUAUCCAAAGAACCCAAAAACCUACCUUAAUUUUGGCUCAUAAUAAGACCCUAGCCAUGCAAAUCUAUCAAGAAAUGCAAGGUUUUUUUCCACAUAAUAGAGUUGAAUAUUAUGUUUCUUACUUUGAUUAUUAUCAGCCGGAAGCUUAUAAACCUGCCAGCGACACUUAUAUCGGAAAAAAAGUACAAAGAAACGCCAGUAUUGCUAAAAUGCGUUUAAAAACUUUAAACUCUUUAGUUACUGACGCAUCCGUAAUAGUAGUAGCAUCGGUAGCAGCUAUUUAUGGCUGUUUUAACCCUAAUUCUUACCGAAAAGUAGUUCUUCAUUUAGAAAAAGGUCAAUCGAUCAAUGAGGAAAUAAUUAGUUCAAAAUUAAUCCAUCUAGGCUAUAAAGAGGACAAAAAAAUUAGUCCAGGAAGUUUCCAAACCAAAAAAAAUAGUAUUUCUUUUAUGAUCGGCUGGGAAGAAAAUUAUUAUUUUCAAAUAAAUUUUUCUGACAAAGACGAAAUAAUACGGAUAGAAAAAAGAAACAAGCAGACGGGAGAAAGAGUUCGGGAAGUUACCAAAAUUGCUAUUCCGCCCAGCCAAGACUACGUCGGAGAAGAAGGAGAAGAUUUAAAAAAACUUUUAGAAAAUAUUGCUGAAGAAUUAACAAGUUGCAAGAAAAAAUUACAGGAAGAAAAAAAAUUUUUAGAAGCAGAGAGACUAGAAAAAAGAAUUCAAGAAGACCUAUUUAACUUGCGUGAAACAGGAGUUUGCCCCGGCAUUGAAAAUUACUCGCGUUAUUUUGAUGGGCGGAAAACAGGAGAAACUCCUUUUACCUUAUUAGAUUAUUUCCCCCAAGGAUUUUUAACUAUCAUUGACGAAUCCCAUAUCACUAUUCCCCAAGUAAAAGCUAUGUAUAAUACUAAUCGCCACCGGCUAGAAAAUUUAAUAAAAUAUGGUUUUCGCUUACCAUCAGCUUUAGAUAAUCGACCCCUGAACCAAGAUGAAUUUUUUCAAAAACUUAACUUUACUCUUUAUGUUUCAGCCACACCCGGAAACUUUGAAUUAGAUAAAGUAAAUCACCAACCAGUCGAACAAAUUAUCCGCCCAACUGGUCUCUUGGAUCCUCAAAUAGAAGUGAGAAGUUCCCAUAAUCAAAUUGCUGAUAUUAUGAAGGAAAUAACUGAAAGAAGUGGAAAAGGAGAAAAAGUUCUUAUUUAUGCUUUAACUAUUGUAAUGUCUGAAGAAAUUGCUAAUUUUCUUCAAGAGAGAAAUAUUCGAGUAGUUUAUUUACACAGCCGAUUAGAAAUUUUUGACCGUUAUCAAGCCAUCACCAGUUUACGGCGUGGAGUAUAUGACGUAAUAGUUGGGAUCAAUUUACUAAAAGAAGGAAUAGAUUUACCUGAGGUAUCAUUAGUAUGCAUUUUAGACGCUGACAAACCAGGUUUUUUGCGAGACACACGCUCCUUAAUUCAAAUCAUUGGAAGAGCUUCCCGUAACAGCAGCGGCAAAGUUAUCCUCUACGCCGAUGAAAUUACCACCAAUAUGUUAGGAGCCAUUGAAGAAACUAAUCGCCGCCGCCAAAUCCAACAAGAAUACAACUAUCAAAAAAAUAUUAUUCCGCAAACAGUUCAAAAGCCAAUCAAAGAUAUAAAUCUAGACCAUGAAAUAGCCACUCUAGUUGAGAAAGCUCAACGAGGAGAAAUGGAAGAUAAAGAAUUGGUCAAACUGAUCAAAGAUUUAAGAAGAAAAAUGAAAAGAUCUACUCGCGAGUUCAAGUUUGAUCAGGCCAUUGCUUUUCGCAACGCUCUCUUAGAUUUGGAAAAACUAGAAGCAAAUCUAUAA